UGAACCUAAUAUUGUGUAGCAAUUGUGAUUUGAAUCCAUUUAUAAGUCUUUUGAUUUGAUGUAUCAUUUCGCACUAUGUUUCUUUCGCGCGAGGAUAAAUAUUUUCAGUUGGCAGUGCUGUGGCAUAGGCAGAGGUUAGCGCAAGAAACCUCACAAUGAAAUGUAAAAUUACCAAGUAUAUUCCCGUCACUAUAGCAACGCUGCUGUUGUUUGGGUGCUCUGCUCUCUUCUUCAUCUUUCCGUGUAAAUAUUUAACGUUGGAGUACUCCAUCGGUAUCCCCAUCUACCAAGGUAUCAUCUUCCUGUAUGUGCUGGCCAACUUCUUCCUCGCAACCUUCAUGGACCCAGGGGUAUUCCCCAGGGUGGAAGAAGAUGAAGACAAAGAGGACGACUUCCGUGCUCCUCUCUACAAGAACGUGGAGAUCAAAGGCAUCACGGUGCGCAUGAAAUGGUGCACCACCUGCCACUUCUACAGGCCACCCAGAUGUUCCCACUGUAGUGUCUGCAACAACUGUAUAGAGAAUUUUGAUCACCACUGCCCGUGGGUGAACAACUGUGUUGGGCGCAGAAACUACAGGUACUUCUUCCAGUUUCUGCUGUCCCUCACCGUCCACAUGUUCUCAGUCUUCACCUUCAGUCUGGUCUACGUGCUCAACCACAAGACUGAACUCACCAGCGUGGAAGUUAUUGCCUCCAUGGCAGUGAUGGGUGUGGUGGGACUGACAGUAGUACCAGUUGUCGGGCUGGCUGGUUUCCACUGUGUGCUUAUAUCAAGAGGACGGACAACAAAUGAACAGGUUACAGGAAAGUUCCGUAGUGGCCAUAACCCAUUCUCACGAGGCUGUUGGGGGAACAUUUGUCACACCCUGUGUGGGCCCACCUAUCCCAGGUACGUUGGUCGUAAGGCUCGGACAGUGAACGUGCGACCCCACCAGUACCCAGUCAUAUCAGAAAAGGAAGUACACCUCAGUCUGGGGAACACAAGUCUCAUGAAAACACCACUACAACCACAGACCAGCAAUAGCAUCAUGCAGGACGGCAACCAUGUUGCCAUGGCUACACCAGGCAGGUCAGACUUCCCUCACAGAGAAGAAAAAGACCAAGCGCAGAACGGGAAGUAUAUUUUUGAGAUGAACAGCCCCACUUCCCAGGAACGGUCCUACCGCACGCUCCCCACGUCACAGAGCGCCGCUCCGCUGCAGGAAACCGUCCUCGGCUCCCCGAACAAACCGCCACACUCCAGCCACAGCGAUACGCGACUCGCCUCAUUGGAUAGAUGGGAAGGGAGGGGCGGGGGGCGGCGGCUGCCCAGGAGACCGGACGAUCAUGACGACUUCAAGUCCAGGAACACGUCCACAUCUUCCCUCGGAUCCCGAGAGAGAAUAAUGUCGGCUGGCCGGCAUAAAGAGGCAGCAAAGGAGAGGUGGCCGAGACGGCAGAGGAGCACGCCUUCGAUAGGGAGGGAGCAGGAGGACCAUGAGCGCGAGAGAACGCCGCACCACAGCCGAGCGAACACGCCCCACCACAGUAGAGAGCCCACGCCCACCCGGCAGGAACACUUCCAAGCCAGGCCGGCGUCUGGGCUCUACGACAACGUGCCAGAAAGUGAAAUGCCAAAACACGGACAAGACGCCAAGCUCCAGGGGGCACCGCAGAGGUCGCCGUCGUACAAAGCGGCAGCGGCGAGAGAAGCGUCGCUGGGUUCCCCCGGUAGUGAACGUAUUGUAGGGUCUGAAGCGCGGAAGCCACCAAGGCAUAGAGGUGGGCCAGGGCAUACACCUACUCAUAGAGUACCUCACGAUGUCUACGUCUUUCCUCAGCAGUUCAUCGCUGCAUCGCGGAGUAGGGAGGGCAGCAGGGAUUACGGCAAGUCUCCACAAAGUAGCAGGUCGGUCACGACCUUUAACCUCUCAGGGUCUGUAGAAAUGACAGACAUCCCCCAAGGUCAGAGUUCACGGAGGACGCCUGGUAAACAAAGUCCAAAACAUAAGUGGAAGGGCCCCGACUACAUUCAAGGGACCAAAGUUUCAACUAGUGAGGAGGAUUCAGAAGCGGAGCUACACACCACUGACAGUGACAUGGAAGAGACAGUGUUGUAGCAUAAGUGAGAUGAGGGUGUCAACUCUUGGGUGCAGUUCUUGCAUGAGGGAACACAGUUCAGAAAGGAGAAAAGGGAGCUAUACCAAUGGCAGUCCUGUCAUCCCCAGGGGUGCCUACAGCAGCCCCAACUACGAAGUCUCUGUAUAGAAAACAUCGCAAAACUUUUUAUGGUCAUUGUUAUUGAUAGAUACUACAGUCCAUUAAGUAGCAUGCAGUUCUUGCAGCAGUUGACAGGUGGAGUUAUGGUAGUUGUUAAUUGUUUUAUAAGACUGGGGGUUUUCUUAUCUUGUGGUCGACCAGAACAUAUCUAUUUCAAGUAAGACAUAAAGGGUUUGUAGGGUUUUCAUGGACAGAUACAGGAUUUAUCAGAAGAAGAAAAUGUACAAAAACAGAACAAUAUUUAUUGCAAAAAUGUGGCAAACCAGUUCACCAGCAAACUUAUGCUUGCAACAAUACUUACAUUGUAUAUGUUGAUUAGGAGCCCCCCACCCACAAUAUAAAAUCUCUCUAGAUAUACAACUAAAAAUAAAAUGCAUUUGACCUUUUUCAAAACAGCAAAAAUAUUUUGUCCUUUGCUCAGUCACUCAGUUGUCUAUCUGAAUGCCACAUCUUGAAAUGCAUUAUGGCAGUCAUAUAGUAUUUUCAUAUCUCGAGGCAUUUUAGAGAUUUCGAAGUAUAUUUUGCAUAUGUUUUACGAAAAUUAGCAGCGUAUGUCUUACUUGUCAUUUUAGUUUUUGAACCAGUGUAGCAAAGCAUUGUAAUUUCCCAAUGACAGAAUAACAAAAAAACUGACUUCAGAGAUUUUGACGUCAAAACUGCCUUCGUGGUUAGCUUUUGUAAAGAACAACAUUGGUGUUUGAGUACAGGUGUUUUCUGGAAGAAUUUUACAUACUGUUUACGUAACUAAAGCGGUAACAAUUGAAUUACAUGGCUCUUGGAGUUGCUCAGUCUACUUUUUUUUAAAAUGCCAAAUCAAGUCUUCUUUCGUGCUGAAGGAAAGUAUUUUUGUUUUUUGAUAGGGACCGGCCAUUUUCAAAUCUAUUUUUAGCACUUUAUGUUUAUUUAUGGAGCAGGUAGGCUGCACAUUUCCUUUUUACAGUGUUCAUGAUGUUUUCUUACUUCCUGAUUAAUCGGUUUUCUGUCAGAAAAAAUCCCACGACCAUGUAAUGCAAUUGGUGCAGCUAUAACAGCAUUUCCGAGGCACAUUUCAUGGCACUAUUUUUGUACUCAUCACAGAACUACAUUUUCUUCCCAGGAAAACAAGUGUUAGUUGAUCACAUGUCACGGUGGCUGUUUAUUGGAAAUAACUUUUUUAAGUUUGAAGGAUUUUCAGUCAUGAAAGUUUUUUUUUUAUGUUUAAACAUGACUGUAUAGCCUAUUGCUCAAAGGCAUUUAUUAUUUUAUUAUGAGGAAUUUUAUCACUUCCAUGCUUGUGUAUUUUGUUAACGUUUAAUGCCAUGUUAAGGACUUCAUGCAUAGAAGCCAGUUGAUGUACUAAAGUAUAUUUAUCAAGAUGUAAAAAGGUCCAACUGGCUGUGAUGUUAUAUUCAGGUGUUAACAAUUGCCUCCUCAGUUAUGGAGGAAACACUCACAAUUCAGUGAAAUGUGGGAAAGUGAAACCUACAAAAUUUAGCUCUAGAUGUCCCUUAGAAGGCGGACAGUACCAGGAUAGAGUGUCGUUCAUUGAUGAGAAGUGAACGGAUAGCCAAAAUCACUACAACAUGGGGACUGUUGCUGUCUCCCAUGAUGGUGUAGUGUGUAAAUUGUGGUCUAUAGUAGAGGCCAGAGGUCACCAAUCUCAGUAGUGGUGAGCAGUCAGUAUUUUACCUGGGAUCAAAGGUGACUCUUGUAGGUCAGAGGUCACCAUUUUACUCGGGUCAAAGGUAAUACUCUGAAAGUCAAAGGUCACCUAAUGAGUGGUAGUCCACAGAGGAGACCACCAAGGUCAAAGGUGGCUGGGGAUCAGAGGUCAGAACAUUUUAGUCUUGAGGCAAAAUGAGCUUUUGUGAACCAGACAAUCCAGCUGAUGUUUCAAAUUGUAAUUAAUUUUAUUGUAAUGUUCAUGUAUUCUAAGUUAUUGUAGUGUUUUGCUGUAUGUAUGUACAUAACCACUAUUUUUGUAAAUAGCUUUGAAAGACUACUGAAAUGUGUCAACACGUACUUAAAUGUCGGAAGCGUUGUUGCAUUAGUGUGCAAGAGUACUAACGUGGUAGCAAGCAACCCCCAGCUUGGACAACAAUGUGGUGCCACUUUGUAUGUAGAAGCCAAAUGUAUUCAUGAAUGGAUGUGAAUAUGUACAGUUAAGUCACUUUGGAAAAGAAUUUGAGCAACAUCUUGAA